GAACACCAGAUGAAAGCAAGCGGGCAAAUUCGUUGUCUUCUUCGUCAUUCGUUGGCGAGUCUAGUUUGUAGUUCGCAGUUCUCACACCCCAGCAAAAUUACAAGUUUUAUUUUCCGAACGGUUAAUUAUUCGACCAUGGAUAAUUUCGAUGGUGAACUGCUCAGCAGGACCUUUAGAGGCGUGCCGUACUGUUUCUGUUUUAAAUGUUGUAUGUUUGCCGGAAUGCCGAGAAAAUUGCCAAGUUUCAUUCGACAAGUUGGAGGGAAGUUAUGGAAACCUUUCGCAAUUCUGUCAAAUAUUGAAGGUCAAAAGGUUACAAUUGGAGAGACCUUCACCAAUGGGGAAGAACAAGGGGAAUUCAUUUUCUGGAAACGUCCCAUGAAGGAUCAACUAAAGAUUACAACAGGAGGAAACUUGCCAAUUUGUGAGAUCACCUGCGCCGAAAAUAAGUACUGGAUCACACCAUUAUUAUCGAGGGGGGAGGUGGUUGCCGUGAAUGAUGUCGAAAUUCAGGACAGAACAGAGCUCAAAUUUGGCGAUUAUUUAUCCUUGGGGGUUCCUGCCACUCCAGAGGAAUUGGGAAAAUGGAAGAAGAGCCACGAUAACUUUAUCCCUUUUCCUUCUACUGAUAACGAGGAUGACCUGCCUGGCUGGGCUAAAUUUGCCUUGGAUGCUUUUGAAAGUACUCAUCGUCUCGUUUUGUUGUUCCAGAGGAGAGAAUAUGACUUCGAUUUGUUCUGGAAGAAGGAGCUUGAAGAGAAAAGGAUCAAAACGAGUAAGAGCGAAGGCGAUGAUGACCUGAAUUUGGAACAUGUCGAGAAGACAGAAGCAGGUUUUACUCCACAGUUGGACGAAUUGGUGGUGCCCCACAUUUUGUCAUAUCUUCCGUUCGAUGAUCUGAAAAAUGUGCGUUUCGUCUCAAAAGUUUGGAAUCGAGAAGCUCUCCGCCUCAUUAGGAAGAAGAGUUACGUGAAAUUCGAUUUUUUACUCGGUUACAAGAAAUUGGACGAUCCCACAAAACUGUUCCGAUACAAUCACGAAAUGCAGGAUAAUCCAAUCCCAUGCUGGCAAAUUGCUAUCCCUUCUAUCGGCUUGGAAGAUUAUCUGCACGAGGUUCGCCCAGAUCAGGGAGAAAAAAUCAUCGCCGAUUUUCACUGGUUUCUCGGAUUGAAGACGCACAGCGUUACAUGGUUACGGCUUGCAGGAAAGAUUGCGUCUAAAUUCGACUAUAAUACGCAAAUCAAAAUUUUGGGAAUGUGUCCAACCCAAACUAUUCAGCAUUUCGAGUUGAACUGGGAUUGGAGUACGAUUAAAGCAUCCGGACGAGGGUAUCGAUUUCCUUCAAGUAUUAAAUUCACAAACUUGGAAACCUUCGUCCUCUCGAUGAAUGUUGGGCACUAUGAUGUUCAAGGCGACGGUGGACCCAGUCAUGACUGUUCUUCCCUGACCUGGUUGGCCCCACUAAUUUCUGCCGUCCAAGGAGUACGCGUGCUUAUUCUGGACACUUCCUCCCCACUUUUGGAAACAUUCUAUAACCAAGCUACACCAUUCCAAAACUUGGACGAGAUUACCAUCCAAGAAAACCUUACACCAGAAGGGCUCAAAUUUCUGAAUAAAUUGCAGCAACCCUUAACAAAAAUGAAUCUUGGCAGACUUGAACACUGGAAAAAACCACAAUACCUCGGAUUUGGACGACUCCUUCAGAACCAUUCCCAGACUUUGACCUCACUGAAGAUUACGCUUGGAAAUUGUGUAAAGAGCAAUACGAUUCUUAGCCUGCCAAUCUUUCCUUCGCUCAAAAAACUCCACGUGGACAUGGAUUCCAUGGGCGAGCAAUAUGAAGAAGAAAAGUUUCCAAUUGAUGUGUCAUUCGAUGGAGAUAAUGACAUCUCGUACGCCAAGCAUUUCCCUUCCCUUAAAUCCUUGGAGUUUGGGUACAACGAUGGAGGUUUUCUUAUGAGGAGGAAUGAGAACGCAAAUGAUUAUCUUUUCGAUGUAUUUUUGCCCCUCGGACAUGGAGAAGAUGGCGAUGCAGGAUUUCAAGUUUGCAAAACUUUGCGACAUCUCGACCUCCCGACUAAAGCAAUUUCGGAAUCAGGUCAGCUGUUUGACAGAUUAGGCGAAAUUGCAAGAAUGUUCCCGAAUGUUCACAACCCGUGGAUCAACAAGACUCGCGAAUCAUCAGAGAAUCAGACUGAGCAAGUUUCUUCAGAUUAAAUUAAAUGAACUACUUAUUGACCUGAAUUUUUGGAUAUGGACGGAGUCGACUCGACAAACAUGAUUUUUUUUACUUUGAUUUCUUUCACCUUAAUUCACCCAUGUAAUUGACUUUUUUUAUUUAUUGAAGGCUUUCAUCCGUUCGAGAUUGAUUUUGUUAUUCUUUUUUGUUACUCUUUCUUUAUGAUUUUAACUUCGAUAGUUAAUGCAAAUAGCUAAAAAUUGAAUAAUUAAUAAACAUACUGCAUUCCUAAUGUCUUGGUCUGUUUGACAUAAUGUUAUAAAUUAAA